UUAUUUGACCGCCAUUACUGAUCCCCCAUUCAACAUUUCAAGCUCCAAACUCACCUCUAAAUCUCUCUUUUUAUAUUUGUACUCAUUUCCCUAUUUCGCCCCACAUUUCCUUUUGUCUGUCUCUACAGCUGAAUAGGUGCUUGCCUGUUUGGUUAUAAACUAUCUUGCUUAUUGCACUGUUGGAGUGGAAUUGAACACCGGAAAUUGAAAUUGAGCUUUCAAUUGCUGCUGUCAAAUGGACCCAAUCGCCGGAACCGUACCCGGAUCCGCUUUACCCGGACCCGACCACGAAGAACCCGGACUCGACACCCUCCAAUUCCGCGAGGAAAUCCAGCGGCUCAUGACGGUGCCGCAGCAGGAGAACGCCAGCUCCUUCACGGCGCUUCUUGAGCUCCCGCCGACCCAAGCCAUGGAGCUCCUCCACCUCUCGCCGGAGCCUCCGGUUUCCGUUGGGCCGCUGCUCAAGUCCUCCUGUGUCAAUCCUUUCAAUUCCAGCCUCAUGUUCCCCAGAGACGUCGAGCUAAUCCAACGCGCCGCCAAGUUCUCGAUCUUCGGCGGCGAGCAGUCGCCGGAAGCGGUCGCCGCGCCGUCGAACUCCGGCGUCAAUAUGGAGAAGGUGAAGAGCGAGCCUGCCGAGACCGAUUCGAACCCUAACUCGUCGUCGAUGGAGACCAAGAACAACCAGAGGUCGUCGGCCAAAAGAAAGGAACGAGAGAAGAAGGGCAAGGUGUCAACGAAGAAGAGCAAAACGGAAGUCAAAGAAGACGCCGACAAGGUUCCCUAUGUUCACGUUCGAGCUCGCCGUGGCCAAGCUACCGAUAGCCAUAGCUUAGCAGAGCGAGCGAGGAGAGAGAAAAUUAAUGCGAGGAUGAAGUUGCUACAAGAGCUGGUCCCAGGAUGCAAUAAGAUUUCAGGUACCGCCUUAGUUCUGGAUGAAAUCAUCAACCAUGUGCAGUCCCUACAACGUCAAGUUGAGUUCUUAUCAAUGAGACUUGCGACAGUCGACCCAAGAAUUGAUAGCAACCUUGAUCAAUUAUUGGCCACUGAAAGCCUAUCUCUAAUGCAAAGUAACUUCUCCAAUAUGGCGCCACCCCUUAUGUGGCCAGAAUUUCCCAUCAAUGGGAGCAGACAACAGUAUCAACAGCAGUGGCACUUUGAUGCUCUUCAUCAGCCAGGUUGGGGAAGGGAAGAAGAUAAUCAUACUUUCAUUACUCCAGAGGCCUCACUCAUGAGUUGCAACUCUUCAGCAAAUUCAGCAUCUCUGCACACAGGUCACGUGAAGACGGAGCUGUGAAGUAAGUUGUACUGUUAGAAGUGUACAUAUCAAGUAUAGUAUUAUUAGCAGUUAGCUGGAAGUAGAGGAGAUUGUUCGGCAUUCUUGGUGGAUUUCUGUGUUCUCUAUUUUGUCAGGGGCAGUUAAAAAUCCUGGUUUCCUCACCUAGAGAGGAAAUAGACUUGGUAUGGUGUUGUUAUAAGAUAGAACUAUAUAUAUGAUAUAUAUUAUACUAACUUUGAGGGUCACUCAGUCCGAUACUUAUUUUUUGAACUGGUUGAUUGGGAUCCUAUUGUAAAAUCAUUGAAAGAACCAUUUGCUCUACUAUGAUUUAACCUCUUCUGUUCA